AUGGCAUCCGACGGGACAUGCCUGAUACAGCAGCCCCUUCGGCAAGCACCGACACCUUCGCAAUUCAACGGAACAGCAGGACAUUAUGCGAAUACGGUGGCGUUGGGCCAUGGACUGCAGGACAUGAUCCUCAUCUCGCCGGAAAUCUUUGAGACAUUGUGUGUUCCUCUCCUUGCACUUUCGGCCGGUGCGAUUUUGCAGCAGAAUCCACGGUCGCAGUCCGCAGGUUUGUUGGUAUCCUUCUUCGGUGCCCAGACAGCCAUGAACCUCUUCAUGAAGCAGGUCUUUUCCAACUACAAGCUGCCGGGCGGCGUCCAAGGCGUGCCGGCACCUUUCGCGAUCACGGCCAUACAGCAAAUCACAAGCUUCCUCGUCCUUUCACUCGGCCUCCAAGCCGCUCGGUGCUUUGGUCACCAAGCGAACUGUCAGAUGCUGCGGACUCGGAAGGAGGUCGGCUGCGUGCUUUUGUUAGCGGUGGCGUUUGUCUGCAACAUUGGCCUCAACAACCUGAGCUUGUCUAUUCUCGACAUAUCCGUCCACCUCAUCAUUCGAACUGCAGGUGCCUUGGUGAAUCUCGCCAUCGAGUUUGUGGCACAGCCCGUCUUGACGAACAUCACCGGUGAGGAGGCAAAGUGGCCUCAAGUAAACGGUCGGGACUUGCUCUUGACUCUGCUAGGCACCUUCUUCGCAGGCCUUGUGGUGUGCAGCAAGCUCACCAGCUUUGCUUCGUCGGGCUCGACUUGGACUUACUACGUUGGCAUCGGGGUAUGUUGCUUGUCGAUGAUCGCAUCGGGCAUCGAACUCAUCGUUGUGAGGACACUUAGCACCCAGUUGAAGAUGAAUGCCUUGGAGGCCAUUAUGAACAUGUCCUUGCCGGCAUCCGUGCUACUUCUCCUGCCAGCUUUCUUCUUCCGACACUCGGUCUCCUGGCCAGGUUCAUCUCCCAUGACCGAUUGGCAGGUCCUGCUGCAGGUUUGGCAGACCAGCAAGCUGGGCAUCGGUCUUGGUGUGCUUUCUGGUGUUUUCGCGACACUCUACAAUGUCAUGCUGUACACCCUGAGCUCAAAGUUUCAGUCCCACGUGAUUUCCAUGGCCGGCAACUUCAACAAGAUCGCGCUGAUGUUCCUCUCCAUCUACCUUGGCUUGGAAUACCUUCCCAAACGGCCAUGGAACGAGGUGAUGAUUGCGGGAAUUGUGGGCAAUGGGCUUGCCUUCAUGGUCAUGGGUCUCCUGAAGGCAAACGAGGUUCCAGUGCCAAAGGCGGAGGCUGCUCCCGAAGUCAGCGUCACUAAGGGCCAGUCUCUGGUGCCGAGGAAUGACAGCACGGACAGCACGGACAACAGCAGAGUGGACAAUGGCAAAGGGACCGCUCAGUGA